CAACAAGUCAGUGUGCAGAGGUUGAACGUGCAUCGAGUUUUCAACACGAAGAUGUCGACGUCAUUGCUCUUGGCUGCGGUUUUGCUGGCCUUCGUCGGUGGAACAACACUGCCAGGAGAAAUCACAUUUCAGCUGUACGUCGCCUUCGACAAUGUCCUGCAUACAAAGUUCAGCAACGAAAAUUUAGCCAAGAAGUACGUCAGCGCGUUCUUUCGUGCGAUCAACCUCCAAUAUCAAAAUAUGCAGAAUCCUAGAAUCAAGUUCGAAUUCGUCAUGUUUCACGGUCAGAACGUCCCGUUUACAAAGGAUGCUCUCGUAGUGGAGGAAGGUGAAGUGAACGCUGGCAAAAGCCUUCAUUCCCUCUACAACUUCACACGUACAAAAGUGCAGUUCAUUCCAUCAGACAUCGUGUUCGUCUUUUCGGGGCGGAAAGUAUUCACAACUGGAGGGAAACAGAAGAGCUAUAGUCCACAAGGUCUCACAUGGGAGAAAGGAAUAUGCAACGCCAGCAAAAAGUUUGUUAUUGUUAGCGAUAUAGGCAAGCGUUUCAGUGCUUUGCCAAAUGCAGCGUUCCAGCUUGCUCGCCUAUUUAUCUGUACCAGUGUGCGAAAAAGAUAUGCUGGAAUCAUUCUCUGAAGCCAAGGCCGAGUGUGAUGCAAGAUACAGACAGGAACACAGCCCUCACUACUACAAAACUCACAGAUUUGGUUCUCAACAUUACAAGAUGGUGGUAAGUAUUGUUCCUCGUUGAAACAGGGGCUCCGAAGCAGCAUUGUGAUACACAGCGCAACAGUUAUGUGCAGAGCUGUACGGCUAAUCUCUUGACUCGCCUAGCAGCGCGCAAAACAAUCGUGAAAUAGCGGAGGACGCAAUGUCUUGGGCGCGACAGGGCACCGAGGGACGAUCGCAAUAACCGGAUGAUUGUGUUGUGUUUCAGCCCCACGGGAGGUGGCGCGAGAAACGUCGA